AAAAGAGUCGGAUCUCUGUUUCACUUUUCGGGUGACCCGAUAACCCGAAUUCUCGUUUCGGCCGUUCUUAUUUUGAAAAUUUCUUCUCUUGGGGAAGAGAAUCAUCUAUUGCACAUUUUAGCCGCGAGUUGUAUUGUUACGAAGCAGACAUUUCAGGCUUUGACACAGAACACACCCCACUCGUGCCGGCUAUCAAAAUAGACUAAACCUUAAAGAGGAAAUAAAAGCAGCAGCGCUCUAAUCAAUUUCUCAGAUAUCGAAACAAAGGGCUGAAAAGGCAAGAGAACACAAAAAGAGGCAAAGAUGUUCACUUGCAUAGCUUGUACGAAAGCCGACGGGGGUGAGGAAGUCGGAGCGCGUGGAGGCACCACUCCCAAUACUAAAGAAGCCGUCAAAAGCCUAACUACACAGAUUAAAGAAAUGGCUAUCAAGUUUUCUGGUGCUUAUAAACAAUGCAAGCCAUGCACUGGUUCCACUACCAGCCCCAUGAAGAAAGGACAUAGACCGUUCCCAGACUAUGACACUGCUUCCGAAGGUGUUCCGUACCCUUACAUGGGUGGAAGCGCCGGUUCAACUCCUGCUUGGGACUUCACAAAUUCCUCUCACCAUCCAACAGGACGGUCAGAAACAAAGUUCACCUCAAUCUAUGGAAACGAUCGGGAAUCUAUCUCUGCUCAGUCUUGUGAUGUGGUACUAGAUGAGGAAGGGCCUAAAGAGUGGAUGGCUCAAGUAGAACCAGGUGUCCAUAUCACAUUCGCUUCGCUUCCUAGUGGAGGAAAUGAUCUUAAACGGAUCCGCUUUAGUCGGGAGAUGUUCGACAAGUGGCAAGCUCAACGGUGGUGGGGUGAGAACUAUGACAAAAUCGUUGAGCUUUACAAUGUACAGAGAUUUAACCGCCAAGCUCUUCAAACGCCUAUAAGAUCGGAAGACCAGUCACAGAGAGAUUCAACUUACUCGAAGAUGGAAUCAGCAAGAGAGAGCAAAGACUGGACACCAAGAAACAACUUCAGACCUCCAGGAGUUAAUGUCCCACAUCAUUUCUAUGGUGGUUCUAGCAACUAUGGUCAUUACGGAGGACCUCCAGUGGAUACAGCACGAACCACGACUUCUUCAAGAGAUGAGCCACCGUCCAUGAGCAAUGCUAGUGAAAUGCAGGCUGAGUGGAUCGAAGAAGAUGAGCCAGGUGUUUACAUUACCAUCAGACAAUUAACAGAUGGGACUAGAGAGCUACGUCGUGUCAGAUUCAGCCGGGAACGAUUUGGGGAAGUGCAUGCAAAGACGUGGUGGGAGCAGAACAGAGAGAGAAUACAAACCCAAUACCUCUAGAAACAGGGAAAUAUGAGUCUCUUCAAAAUCUUUACUAAUUAAUUAAUUAAUCUCCUCUACACAACAUUACAUCUAUAUACAUUGUGCUUAUCUUAUUUUCUUCUUAGCUUAAAAUCUAUACAUAAAUCAAUCAUCAUCGAUAAUGACACCAUCAUCAACAGUUAAAACCUA